AUGACUCUCUUUACUACAUAUUUGACUUUAUUUGCUGUACUAAGCAUUGGUACAGCGGGUGUAUUGAAAUUUGAAGAGAAAGAGUUUAAAGAUGAAACUGACCUCGUGAUGAACAUGCUAUGUAAAUCGGUGACCCCAGAACGAUUCAAACCUGCCAGUUUUUUCAAAAAGUGGGGAAGCAGCAGAUCUAAGGUUACUGCCUUUAAAUGGUCGGCCUGUGGGGGAUCGGGAGCCACUUUCAAGAGUCUGUCUGUCAGUCCUGACCCUAUGAAAUUUCCUGGAACUUUGACUAUAGCCGCAUCAGCCGUCAUCAACACGAAACUCGACACUCCAUUACAAACUAACCUGACUAUUGAGAAGAGAGUAGGAUCAACCUACAUCAAGAUCCCUUGUAUUGACAAUUUCGGCUCAUGUGUGUAUGAUGAUCUCUGUGAUAUCCUGUAUGGGGCGACUUGUCCUGAUGUCUUGACAAAAAAUGGCAUCAACUGCACUUGCCCAUUUCCUGUCAAAUCCUACAAUCUGCCUCCAUCUCAGUUCGAUGCUGAGUCAUUUUACUUCCCGUCCGGUGAUUACCACGCCCGAGGAGAGUUACGGAUCAACGGUACGUUCAUUGGCUGUCUCGAUGUGCGUCUUUCAAUUGCCAAAAAUUGA